CUCCUCCUCUCUCAGUCCCAAGGAAAAUCGAGCAGAUUGCUGAUAUUAUCCCCAAAUGUAGGGGAACCUCAUGAGGGGGUAGGGUGUCGACUUCAAGAUCUUUCUUUUUAGGGGGGGGGGGCGAGAGUUGAAAUUGCCAGAUUUAUUCAGUAGAUGGCGAGUUGCUUGACCGAAAAUGACUUAAACAUGGAAACAACAACAACAAAACAAAUACUAAAAAAACAUUUUAUCAUCUAAAUACACCUACAGAGGGACACCUGCUCCAAUGAAUUUCAAAGGAGACACUGCUCUGUUCUAUUCAAAUAGGUGAGCCAGAUGACAACACUCAAAUCAGCCAACAUUCUGUGCAAGGUUAAGGGGCUGUAUUUAGUUCUCCUCUGUCUCCGUCUGACUGUGGCUGAUGUGCCUGGUCCCUGCAGGUACUCCAUGAGGAGAGAUCACCUGGCCACGCUCAGCCAUCUGAUUGAUAACCAGUUGAAAAAUGGAUGCUCAAUAACAUAUAAUUUUACUGAGCGGGGGAAUCUGAGUGACGCAUGUUACAUCAAAGCUGCGUUUCCACAAAUUCUGGAGCUCAUUGACACUCACUUCAGAUUCUCCAGGAGCUCAGACAAUGGACGCUAUGUAGAGGCAACGAGAGCCCUGAUUCACAGCAUGUACUCACAAAAGUGCAUCCUCCUGAUCAACGAGGAGAUUGAGGAUGAUCCAGUAAAGUUUUCCAAAACCCACAGAGGUUCACCCAGAGAAGCACUGGACAGGGUGCUGAAGGUCUUCUCACUGUACCUGGAGCUAAUGUCCUCUAGAAACAGACCAAUGGACUGGAGCUGUGCUGAUGAGUAUGCUGAGGAUGAACCCCAAUUCACCACAGCCCUUACCCACACCACAGCAGAUCCACUGGGACAAGACGAAAGGACACAUUUCCAGAGCAAGGAUCCUGAUGAGUCACAUGACUCAAACAUGCUUGCCUAUGUACUGGCACCAGUGUGUGGGGGACUACUGUUCAUGUCUGCCGUCUAUUGUCUCAUAAGACUGAAGAUUGGCUUCAUGCAGCACAGGCCUGGAGCUGCAGAACUGUCCAUCAGUGACAGCCAGGUCUGAAAUCAUCAUACAGUACGCAACAUCUGUAAAAUUAAAGUUUCAACAUUUAUAAUAAACUAUAAUAAUUUCUAAAAGAACAUGUCUAUAUGCAGUAUUGUCGACACAAGUAAUAAACACUUAUAAAUGCAAGCACACUUGCGCACGCACACAGACAUUAGUUUGGAACAAUGUCUAUGAAGAAGAUGACAGCAUUUCCAAGAUAAUUUCAGUAUCCAUUACCCAAUGGGUAAACAAUGGGUAGCACUGCUACUGCUCCAUUGUGAAUGCAUGCAACUCUUUGAAAAGUAUUUUCUCCCUUUUAUCCUUUUAUCCUCAAUUUGGAUUUGCCCCUGAAUUAUCACACAACUAAACCAGACGCUCUGUACAUCACAAAAGCAGAAGCCCUUCUUUAAUAUCCCUCUCAGUCCCUCACUGUAAAUGAGAAUACAUUUUAGCUGCAGGUCAGUGACUGUCUUAUGACAUAUUGCCAAGAGGAAAUGCCAAUGGGAGGAUAUGAAUGUCACUGUUACAACUAGUCACCUGUAGUUGUCUUAGAUACCAUUGAAAGGAGCAAUUCAAUAUUAUUAUUAUUUAUUUUAUUUUGUUUGCUUAGCAGAUCACUAUCACCCAAUUAUGUGUUACAGUAUGAUCAAUUUAUACAGAGGGCUUAAUUACUGAAGAUCUUCUAAAUGUAAAAGAUUCUGUGUAUUUUAAACCAGUAAUCAGUGUAAAUUAUUUUAACCAAACAUGCAAGUUUUGUACUGGUAUUUUUAUUAGUUAUAGUUUCUUUGACUAAUUUUUGGAGCACAUACAUGUACAAGUUAUUUAAGGAUGUGCAUAUUUUAUCUUAACCUCAUUUCAGUUCUGUGUCUGCAUAAUGUGCUUAAGGACGCAGUACUUGGACUGAAGUGGUUGUACCUCCAGUUGUAAGGAAAUGUUUUUUUUCAGUCCGUAGUGAUGUUUGAAGCAUUAUGUUAACUGGCCAAGCAACAAGUAGGGUUUAAAGGUAUGUGAUUCAGUGGAUAACUACUGUAUAACUACAUUAUGUCAAAACAUUUUUGUUGAAUCAUGUCCAUAAUAAAAUAAAAUAAUAAAUAUUA